AUGCAUGUUAUGAGCAGCCCAUCGCUGACCAAUGAGACAGAGAACUGCAGCAGCGAGUGCAGCAGCAGCGCCGCCAGCACCACCUCCGACCUCUCCCCAAUGUUGGGCCACAUCCCCUCUGCUUCUACUCUCCCCUCUCCCUUCCCCAAUGAACACCCCCUGCACCCUACCACACUACCCCACCACUACACCCCACCACCACCCCUGCCCCCGAACACACCUCCUCCUCCUCCCCCACCACCAACCUCCCUCUCCAGCCACGGUGUGUGGAAGAAGCGGCAGGUUCGGAGCUUUUUCUGGAAGCCCAUCCCAGAGGAGAAGGUGCGGGGGCAGCCCAACAUCUGGACCAUGGCGGUGCGCUGCCAGCAGCAGUACCAGAUCGACGUGCGCUCCGUGGAGGAGCUGUUCGGCCAGCCGGAGGAAGUGCAGGGCCGGGGGUGUGUGCCCGCCACCAGUGGAUCCUCCUUAGCCCGCAUCACCCGGUCCAGGUCCUUCAAGGAGAACAAGGACAAGAUCAGCAUUCUGGACUCCAAGCGGGGCAUGAACGUGGGCAUUUUCCUCAGGCAGUUCAAGAAGUCCAAUCACUCCAUCGUCGAGGACAUUCGCCAGGGAAAUGGCAAGCUGUACGGAGCUGAACUCCUCAAAGACCUGCUCAAACUCCUGCCCGAGUCUGAAGAGGUAAAGAAACUGAGGGCGUUCAAAGGGGACUCCAGCAAACUGACCCUGGCAGACUCCUUCAUGUACCUGUUGAUCCAGGUGCCUCGGUUUGAGUUGCGCAUCGAGGCCAUGGUCCUGCGUGAGGAGUUCUUUCAGUCCUGCUCUGUGAUGAGCCAUGAGAUCGAUGUCAUCCGCGUGGCCACCAAAGAGCUGAUGACUUGUGAGGAACUACACGCCAUCCUCCACCUGGUCCUGCAGGCUGGAAACAUCAUGAACGCUGGUGGCUACGCGGGCAAUGCCGUGGGCUUCAAGCUGUCAUCGCUCCUCUCGCUGGCCGACACCAAGGCCAACAAACCUGGCAUGAACCUGCUGCAUUUUGUGGCUUUGGAGGCACAGAAGAAGGACGAGAAGCUGCUGAAGUUCCCUGAGAAACUUCAGGACAUCCAGAGCGCUUCCAGAAUAUCAGUGGAAAACAUUGAGUUGGAGUUCUCGUCUCUCUACGUCAGGACCAGAUCCCUGGAGGAGAAGGUCCAGAGUGACCCAGAGCUCCUGGAGCAGCUGAACCCCUUCCUGCAGUGCUCCACAAGGACACUCCAGGACCUGAAGAGGUGUAGGCUGGACCUGCGGAAGGAGGGUAAAUCGCUUAUUGACUUCUUCUGUGAAGACAAGGACACCUUCAUGCUGGAUGAGUGCUUCCGCAUCGUCCAGGACUUCUGUCUCAAGUUCAAAAAGGCUGUCAAGGAUAACCGGGAGCGGGAGCAUAAAGAGGCGGCCAGGCAGCGGCGUCUCAGAGAGCUGGAGGAGAAGCGCUUUGCCUGGAAUGCCGACCAGCAGCAGGCUGCUUGCGCAGGUAAUGGCGGCUUUGGCCGCAGCAGCAGCGAGAACGACAUGGAUAUGCUCACCAAGGAGGGCCUCCUGGACUUCCUCCAGCUGCGUCCCGCCAGCCCCCACAGCCCCCUGGGUCGUUCAGCCAGCGCCCGUCGCCACCGCCACACCGUGGCCGCCAUGGCCGACCGCGAGCUUAACGAAUACCUGGAGCUGUUCGGCAGUGACACGGCACUACCAGCUGACUAUGCCAACAAGUUCAACAGCCUGCCGCGCUCCGGCCGCACCCUCCAUCGGAGAACCGCCCCCUGUCUUGUGUCCCAGGAUGACAACCACAAGCUGGGGAAUGGGCAGCAGGUGCUGGCCACGUCACACCGGGCUGAGACGGAGCCCAUCAGCCCCUUGGCCAUGUACUCUUUCACAGCCUUUAAUGCCAACGAGGAACCGUAUAACAAUAACAACAAUUACACGACCGUGUCCGAGGGGAGCUAUCUGCCUCGCUCAUGUCAGAACCGCAACGUCUUUCAGAAGACGCCCAACCCCGGAGCGAGCGUCACGGCACACAUGAACGUCAGCGUGGAGAGGCACACUCUAGUCCUGGGAAUUCAACAGUUUGACCUCCCCAGUCCGAACAAUAACACAAAUCAAAUGCACUUCGUUGACCACAAAGACUUGGUGGUAACGGACUUGGAAAUGAAGACGGAAUCUCCAAAGACACUCAUUUUGGAUACCCCUCCUCCUUGUCCAAAGAGUUUGGAAAGAGGACCAGAGCCCGUGGCGUGGGAAGGUAAAAUGCCGUCCUCUCAGUUUGUGGUUGGUUCGCUUCAGAAGGAGGAAGAGGAGGAAAGCAGCACCGUCUCCUCAACCACCUGUGAUAUGCCCCUCCCUCUUGACCCCUCCGUAUCCAAUAAGAAACCGGUGUUCUACAUCUUAGACUGCACAGAAACGGACUGCUCCGUAGCGCUUGACUACUCUGAGAUCGAAAGCUCGCCUCUAAUGAGGGAAGGAUUGGUCCCCGAUGUAAAAAACACUGACUGCAACAACAUCCAGGGGAACCUUCGAGACCCCAGCUCACUAUCCUCCAACUCCAACUUUGAUUCCACAUCCAAAAAUGAUCAGUCCGUCUCUGCCUCCACAAAUGAGCUGUCGGUGUCAAAGUCCACAGACGAACGUGCCCCAUCCGUUGGCUCACUCGUCACCACGGAAGAGGGGGACACAGAUAGCUGGGACACGGCAGAGGCUAGGCAGGUGGGCGAGAAAGCUGUACAGACAUAUAGCCAUAAACCAACACACACCAAGACCAAGAAUGUGUCAAAAGUUUCCAAAAACAGCAAAGUGGGUUGCGGCGUCAGGAUAUUGACCACCACUGAGAACCAGGGCAUGCGGAAGGUGGUGCCCAUCACCAAGCUAAGCCGGACUGGCCGUAAUGCCAAGCGGGUGGAGAGACCCGCCGGAGGCCAUGAGGGUGCCAGGCAGCCGCUCAUCGACAAGAGCACCCCAGCCAGGGAGAAGGGUGAGAAGACCGGUUGGCCCGCCCGCCACUCCAGCUUGCCCCCAAAGACCAAAUCCCAGGGGAACGCUGGCCUCUCUGGCUGGGCACGUGACCUCAACCUGCGAAAGCCCUCCUUCCGCAAGCCCAGCGCCAAGCCGCUGAGGAACCUGCCCAAGGCACCGCCGGAGGAGAAGAUGUGCCGCUCCACCAUGAGAGCCCUGGCUGCUCAGGCCCAAGGUCAGGUUAGGACACCCUCUGAGGCUAGCGCUCCCGAGACACCUAUUCACAGCUCCAAAACCCCAUCAGCCACCCUGCCUGGCUGGGCACGCAACACUGUGGCCUCCUCCUCUCGGACCACCAAGAAGGAACUCGCUCCAACCCUCUCCAACCCCCUGACCCCCUCCAGGAGCCCCUCUCUCCUGUCCCGGAGCAGCUCCCAGAGUCAAGCACCUGCUCGGCCGCAAGCCGCUGCCACAACCACACCUCCUGCCAAAGGGGGGCAGCAUUCACCCCGGGGGGAGGAGAAGGAAAAGGCCCAAGAGGGUGGUCUGCAGAGGGUCAGGGAAUCAAGCCGGGCGAGCACUCAGCGUAGCGACGCCCCCUCAUCGCCGCCCACCCGUGAGCGCUCACGCAAGAGCAGCAGCUUCUCCGAAAAAUCUGUCCAAUCCACUACGUCAUGUAGGACCAUCAAGCCCACCUGGAAGUAGAACUCAAAUAUGGUGGAACUUGAUUGGAGCAAGAGAGGAAGAAAUGUACUAUGGGUUUCCCCACAUACUGUAGACUGACAUUUUGUGUCCUCUUUCAUUAGCUACUCUAAGACAUCCCACCUCAUCCAUAUCAAGUCAUUAUACAGGGCUCCGUCAACACGUAUUGUAUGAACUGCAAAAAUAUAUAAUGCACUGUAUAAGAUUAUUUCUUCAUGAGCCCCCGUUUAUUUUUGAGCAUUCUUCACGGGGAGACAGAACUGACAAAUGGCAAAAUCCCCCUUUUUUCCUUCUUUGCCUGCGUUGUGGUCUUAAACUCUAUUUAAUAAGGUUAUUAUACAUGUCAAAAAAGAAAAAAAAACAUUAUGCUUUUUUUACAACCCAUUUUAAGAUGGUGUUUACAUGGUAUUUACUUAAAAACGAUGUGGUAGUAACAAUGGAUAUUUUCUGGUACUCACCUCAAAGAAUUCAACACUAUUGGUAAUUUACUGUUACCAAAUGGCACAUAGCGACACGUGUGUCAACGCAUCUCGUGUGAUUACUAUCAAUUAUUAGAUAAUUACCAUUUAAACAAGUACUUUCUAGGUAACUACCUGGUAAACAAUGACUGUAAAAUGAAGUGUUACUGAAAACCCACUACUGAACAUGUUUGAAUGCUGCUAAUUAGCUUUGACAAUUUGGGGACUGUGUUAGUGUCUUCAUUCAGGGUAUGAGCUUUGUAAGACGCUGCCUUGCUGCUGUUGUGAUUGUGACUUUCUGUGGUUCUCUACUUUCCUUUGCACAGCCGUACUAUACAGUAGCCUGGAGUCCACACUGAAUAUUGCUCUGUUUUUCACUUUACUGAUUUAGUCUGAGUCUGAUCCAAUAGGGUUCAUUUGGAAUUGGCAAAAAAAGAGCUGGUCCAAUCAGUGUCUUCUCAGAUACUAUGUGCGGGACAAUAAUGAAAAUAAAUAUUCAGGGCCUAACAAAGAAACAACUGUUUUCGUUUUCCGUUUGCACUAAAGAAUAUGACCCUGGCUCAGUGUCAUUGUACUUCUCAGCAGCUGGCCACUGAGUUCCUUUCCCGCUCCACUGAAGUUAUACCGCGGUUAUACUUGACAUUGCAAAAAUAGUAUAUAGUAAAACAAAUCCAAAAUAAAAGGCCACAGAAGAAAUGCCCAUAGGCCCCAUUUAAUCCAACCGGGUAUCCGGGGUUAAGAUAAAUAGACAUUAUUGUUGAUGUGCUGCAUCGUCUUGGACAAAAUUAUAUGUGUAGUCAGACAUUAGGAAACUGAACUAUAUUUGAAUUCUAAGGUCAAUGAAGUUGAAGAAUUUUGUUUUUCACUUGUUUUGGAUAUUUGGUUGUCAGUGUUUGAUUGAAUCAGGUAUCCUAUUGUGUACUGAGUCAAGUACAUUAACUAUUACUAUUAGCAAGUACAGAACGUUAUUGAGUCAUUAUCCUCUGUUUAUGAUACUCCAGUUAGUCCUUUGGUAUGAUUCCACUGUAAAGUUUUACCUUUACCUCUUAGAAUACAGUACAUGCCAAGGGUGUACUUUGUCAUGCAAUGCAUUUUCAUGUACUUGUGGUACUUUUGACAUUUGUAUGUAUAUAUCAAUAUAACGAGCAAUGUUUCUAAAUGCUCUUGAUAAAACGCCUUCAUUCAAGCAUGGAGUAGAAGUGCACACAAAUGAAAUAUUUGUCCUGCUUUAUGCUAUAGCUAGACCAACACUAACGCUAUGAAAAACAACAUUGAACAUGUAGCUCUUCAGACUGAAGUAACACCCAACAUGGUGUUGUUUUUCUUUGCGUUUUGUCACAAUAAUCGUCUUUGUAAUCCUCAACUUUUUUACUGUGAAUGUUGUCAUCUCCUGAUUUUUGUAUUACUUGACAUUGUGUAAUUGUGUUCCUUGACCGCCAUCGGUCGUGAUCAAAGUAAUACUGUAGAUUCUUCAGCCCUGCAAUUGCUCCUCACUACACUGGUCCCAGAUCAGUUUGUGCUGUCUUGUUGACUCCUAUGGUCAUUGGCAAGCCAGCACAAACAGAUCUGGAACCAGGCCAGCUUGUCACACCAGUUGCCUUUCAAACAGCAUUGUGCCAUUGACAUAAACAACAACUAGAGUGCAUUAACUUGAAGCUUGAUGUUGCCGUCCCAUAAUCAGUGUCUCCUAAAUUGUAAAUAAGAGUAGAAAUCCUCCCUACCUUCCAUUGCACCUACCAAAAUAGCUAUUAGACUGGAUACUACAAAUCACGGGCUUAGCCAAUUAGCUGUCCACUCUGUGUACAUAGUGUAAAGACAUACUAUUUUUGAUUAUACGUAGAGCUCGCAAUAUGUUUACAUGUAGCAAACUGUAUAUGGAGGCUUGGAAGUAGUGAAGGUGAAAGGAUUCUGUUGACAAGUGGAAAUGGUUAACCAGACUUUUUCCUUUCUUGAAAUUGUCACAAUGAACAGCAUCGUUGUUCACAGACCAUACAUUGAGGCACUCAAUUCAACUUGUCUUGAAUCAACCAUGUCAAUCUACUGUACUCUAAGUCUGAGGAUAUCUCAAGCAUCUCUAUACAGUUGUUGUACCAUGUCUGUCUGCAAUAUUGAAAACCCACAACUGAAAAUGUUUGAAUGCUGCUAAUUAGCUUUGGCAAUUUGAGGACUGUGUUAGUGUCUUCAUUAGGGUAUGAGCUUUGUAAGACGCUACCUUUCUUCUGUUGUGAUUGUUGUACCAUUUCUGUCUGCAACUCUCAGAGUAGGCUUAAGAGAGCCCAUUUUAAAUUGAUCCUACAGGCCACAACCCUGCAGUAGGCCAUGAUAUGUGUAUCUCCCUGCUCUCUGCAAUGCAAAUGAAGUGAGGCAGCGAAUGUCACUAAAGACCCAGAGGCCAUACGUCAGCCCAGAUGGUCUGUCUCUCAAAUGGCACCCUAUUCCCUAUAUAGUGCACUGCCUUUGACCAGGGCCCAUAGGGCUCUGAUCAAAAGUAGUGUACUAUAUAGGAAUAGGGUGCCAUUUGGGACGCCGGCCUACAACAUGGCUAAUGACUAAAGAGCGAGACACAAUGCUCCUCUCUCUCCCUCUCUUUUCCCACCUACAGUCACAGUCACCUGUUCACCAGACUUAACACAAUGUCCAGUCUUUUACAAGGAUGGUCUUUUACAAGAGCGGCCUCCCACAUCUUAUCGCACAAUGCUUCCUGCUGUUGGGCUCAUUUUAAGAGGAGCAUGUCGACAAUGGGUGGUCUUGCGUCAGAGCCACUAAAUACGGUGGGACUUCAAUACGGAAUGUCUACCCUUGCAUCCACCCACCACUCUGCCGCCACUUCCUUGUUAUGUGAUGGUAACCAUGACAUCCUGGUCCAGCAGCUCAGUCAGGACGCUGUGGGACUGAAAACUAGAAGUGGUCCGUCUGACUAAUAGCCUUAGCCUUUCUAAACUUAGGCCCGACUCCUAAUCAUGACAGAGCAGGCGCCUGGCAACCCAAAACGGCGUUGAAACAUUUGUCCAAUGUUGCCCAACCCAAACCGAAUGGUGGCGAUUAAGAUUUUCCCAUUGAUUGAUUGAUGUUGGUGUUUUUUCAAGCCAACUCGAGAAGUUGCACGCACACAAUACAGUGACUUCAUCCACAGUAGGCUACCUUCAAAUGUUGACCUUAAAUCACAGUGUGAGCUAUUGGCAUGGAUUCCUAGGUGAUGGUGCUUGUGUGUUGGAACUGAAAGCAAGGGCGAAUGUUUUCUAGCCUGAUCCCAGAUCUGUUUGUGCUUCAUAGCCAACCAUAUGAUUGUUGUCAUGGCCUGACAACACAAACCAUUCCGGGACCAGGCUUGGUGUUUUUUACUGUUUUAAUGUGAUUCUUUAUGGGGAUCAGACUACGCAUAUCUUAGCUGGAGUUCCCACCACUUUAUAUAGCUGCUCCACUUAAUUGCCUUGGUUCUGCUUUGCCGCCUUCUUCUCCAAGUAACUGUCUUCGAUGUUAAUAAACUCAAACUUCUACCUGGAGAAAAUUACUGUAAUCACUAGAGUACACAAGGCUGAAUAUUAUGUUAUUCUACAGCACUGAUCAUUUUUAAAAGUUAUGAUGUGAAACAAA